AUGGACGGAUCGUUCUUGGAAACCGAUGGGAUCGACUACUUUGAUAAUGAUGUCAACGAGAUUUACCGAUACAAGACUGAGGAAGAGCUCAAUCACUGCCCAAACGACUUUAGCGUUACGUACUACUGGAAGCAUGUAUCUAUCUGCUGCGCAUUAAUAAUAACAGGCCUCGUGCUUUGUUUAUCCGGAUACCGAUGUUUUCGCUUUUGCAUGUGGCUAUCUGGUGCACUGUUUGCCACUGUUUCUGUUCUUGCCAUUUGCAAUAGAGUCGAUGAUCUACCUCACGGCGCGAAUUGGGGCGCAGCUUUGUCCGUCGGCUCCUUAGUUGGUUGUAUAACACAUCUUAUACCAGAAGGACAAUUGGCCGUCAUCGCGGGAGAGCGCGCAUACCACAGGAUGCAGAAGCGCCGCGUCCAGCUGCGCGGAGUUCCCGAUCGCGCAGCUCUCAGCAGGAGCAGUCCCGUAGACAGGAGCAGUCAUGCCCGACACCAAGUGCUCCAAGCAGCGAAAUCGCCACAAGAGCCUCUCGAAAUCGUGACAGAGCUCGCGAACAGCGAAGACAAAGACUCAGACAAAGUAACGAGUCUGCAACGAGCAACGGCCAAGAACAGGAGUUCAGCGAAAGGUCGAACUCCGACCGACAACGUCUCCUGCACCAAAACAACCAAGCUGACUCUCAACGGCCAACGGAUGAACCGAAUCGUUCAAAGUCGAGUAUUGAGCCAGUCAUUCCGCUUGGGAUCCAAGACCACAUGGCUUCCCCCAUUCAACCAGGGCCACAUGGGCCUCCCUCAUCAUGUCUUCGGCGGAGCUAACCGACCUCAUGGACCAACAAGCGAAACAUACAACUGCGCAACUCAGAGCACUUGCGGGCACGGUUCCAAAAAGACUUGA